UUGCAAUCGCACAUUUGACAGACACAUCAUCAUGGCCGGCCGGAAGUUUGAGGACCUCGUUGAUCAGUUCGAUAAGUCCAACAGCUACUGCUUGAACGAAGAUCCGAGCUUCGGGUAUGGGAACUUGUUCAUCGGGGAUGAGUCGCUCGUGUUGAAGAGCGAAGCCGACGAACAAUUGCUGAUCCACUUGGAAUUCAAAGAAGCCGUCAAGAUCCACUCCAUUUCUCUCAAAGCCCCCAAAGACGACAGCGCGCCUUCUGUGGUCAAACUGUUCGUAAAUCGCAACAACUUGGGAUUCUCGGACGUGACAGACAUUGAGCCAACGCAAAAGUUGGAUUGGACACAAGAUCAGUUGCAGUCGGGGACGCCGGUCGAAUUGCGCUUCGUCAAGUUUCAACGCGUGACGUCAUUGACGAUUUUCGUGGAAGAGAACCACGGCGGGGAAAUCUCGGCGUUGUCCAGCCUCAAGCUGUUCGGCGAAUCAAUCCAAGGUACCAACAUGAACGACUUGAAGAGUCAAGGCCACGAGCAUUAAGUGCACCCGCCUUGCAAGUCUCUUAGUACGACUUUCCUAGCACUUUCGUUAGCUCUUAUCAACAACGCGCAGAGCACGACCCCAUUGAAAGGGGAUCAAAUCUGGUCAUGCCACGUACAUCUACACCCCAAUGGAGCAGCGCAUACCAUUCCACUUGCACUUGCUGCGUUGGCUGCAAGCAUUCUACUCGGCAUGAGAGAUACAGGAAGGAGAACUAGCC